CCGCUCGGGCCCCCGCUCCGGUUUCCGGUCUGGUCCCGCGAGGUCCCGGCUCCGCGCUCCGAACCCCGCUCGGGUCCCUCCUCCCUCCCGGGGGCAGCGGGCACACCAUGAGCUCCCUGCGGCUCCUCGUCCCGCGCUGGUGCCGCGGUGCCUCCCCCGCUGUGCUGCGGGCGCGGAGCGCGGCCCCCGGGGGUGGCUCCGGGCCGGCCCCGUUCCUGCCCCGGCCCCCGGGCCAGGCCCCGCUGACACGGCUGUGCAGCUCCUCACAGCCCUCCUGCAAACUGCCCGGGAGCGGCCCCAGGGACAUCGGUGCUGGCAGCUGCACUGCAGCCCCCGAGGAGGAGGAGGAGGAUGAAGGCGUGGAGUUCGGGACGCUGUCUGAUAAGUUUUCCUCUAGAAAGUAUUACCACAAAGCCUCAUCACGCUUUUGGGAUUUAAAGCUUCAAGAAGAGGGGGAGGAAGAACCAGAAAGAAAACCUCGACGCGGCCCUAAGAACACACCGUACUGGUACUUCCUACGGUGCAAGGCCCUCAUCAAAGAGGACAAGCUGGCAGAGGCUCUGGAGCUGUUUGAGGUGCAGAUGCUGAAGGAGGAGCGUGUCCAGCCGGCGGAAAGCAAUUACACCGUUCUCAUUGGUGGCUGUGGCAGGGUUGGCUAUGUGAAAAAGGCAUUCAGGCUCUACAAUGACAUGAAAAAACGAGGGUUGGUCCCCACGGAGGCCACUUACACGGCCCUGUUCAACGCCUGUGCCGAGUCGCCGUGGAAGGACUCGGGGCUGCAGAGCGCCCUGAAACUGCGGCAGCAGCUGCAGAGCAAGAACGAGGAGCUGAACCUCAUCACCUACCACGCCCUGCUCAAGGUCUGCGCCCUCUGCUCGGACCUCAAGAUGUGCUUCGAUGUACUCAAGGAGAUUGUGCAGAAGGGGCAUGUCCUGACAGCUGAGACCUUCAGCUUCCUUCUCAUGAGCUGCAUAAAGGACAGUGAAAACGGGUUCCGAUACGCCUUGCAGGUCUGGAAAGAAAUGACUAAACUUGGGAUAAAGGGCAACAGCCACACCUACAACCUGAUGCUGCGCGCGGCAAGAGACUGCGGGAUCGGCGACCCCGUGCUGGCCUCUGAACUCCUGCUCAGACCCCCUGAGAACUCACCUCAGCUACAGCUCCCACCUGGGAAGCGGAAGGAAAGGAUGAGAAAUUGGAGGAAGAAGGGAUCAGAGAGUGUUGCUGUCCAGCUGGAUGUGGAAGCUAUGGAAAAGCAAUUAUUUCAGGAGAGCUCGGUGCAGCCCGAGGAACUGAUUCAGCAACAAAAUAAAGAUGUGAAUCAGGCCGAAGAAGAACCAGCUGCUCCUGACAGCCCCAGUGUCACCCACAGCAGGGCUGGAGCCUUGAUGAGGAGAGACCACAGGGAGAUGGAGCUGGAACAGGCACACCCAAGCCAGGAGCUGCCUUUCUGCAACCUGCCCAACUUGCUCGAUUCCAGGAUGCCUGACGCAGCCGUGGUUUCCUUGGGGACAGUGGCCACACCAUCCCACAGGCUGGCUUUGAUGGGGGACGUGGAGGGAUUCUUGAACAAAAUGAAAGAGGACAAUGCAGAGCCCAACAUUAAAACAUUCACGUUACUGGCUGAGCUGGUGGAACCCCAAAGCCCCUCAGAGUCCUCCUUGCUGGCACUGCUGGAUGAGCAUAAAGUGAAAGUAGAUGUGACCUUCUUUAACACUUUAAUAAGGAAGAAAAGCAAACAGGGAGACCUGGAGGGAGCAAAGAGCGUGCUGCCAGCUCUGGUGAAGAGGGGACUGUCACCCAACCUCCAGACAUUCUGUAACUUGGCAAUUGCUUGCCACCAGGAGAAGGAUGGACUGCAGCUCCUCUCGGAUUUGAAGAGGUCUGGAAUAACUCCCAACAAGUACAUCUACAGCACCCUCAUUGCUGGUGCUGUGAGGAAGCUGGAUUACAGUUACCUGACAGAGAUCCUGCGGGACAUGAGGAACAACGAGGUGGCUCCCAACGAGGUGAUCAUCCGCCAGCUGGAGUUCGCAGCACAGUACCCCCCAAAAUUCGACAGGUACAAGUCCAGGAACCCAUACCUGGAGAAGAUUGAUGGUUUCCGUGGCUACUACCACCGGUGGUUAAAAGUUAUGGCUGGAGAGGAGACCCCCCACCCCUGGGCCAAAUACAGGACAGCCAAACGUGGGGUGCAGGACAGCGAGGCCGAGGCUGUGCAGGAACAGUGAGCAGGAGGAGGGCAUUUCAAGUUCUUCCAGCACAAGGAACAUGCAUGACUUGCUGCUUCAAACUGCUUGUAGUAAAGCUGCUUCUACAUAAUAAAAUAUUUUGUUUUAAGGAGAAGCAAA